AUGGUGGCCUCGAAGCCCCUCAGCCUGGCAGGCAGCCCGCUGGUGCUGAUGCUGACGGGGGUGCUGGUGCUCGCCGGUCUCAUCUCCAUCAUCUUCUUUGUAAGCGGAGGGAGCCACUUCCAGGACCCCCUUUUCUGCGUGUUUGUGGUGUUCUCCUUCACCUCCGUCGUCGACCUGAUCAUCUCGCUGGAGGAGGAUGGCUACAUUUCUGGCUUCGUGGAGGUCUACGUCAGAGAGGGCGAGCCCUACCUGCGCACGGCACACGGCAUCAUGAUCUGUUACUGGGACGGCAUCAUCCACUACGGGCUCUACCUCGCCAUGAUCGCGGCCAUCGGCCAGAGAAAGAGCUACAGGAACCUGGGUCUCUUCUGGCUGGGCUCUCUGAUGAUGAGCAUCGUUGUCUUCCUGCUUGGGAACCUGAUAGGGAAAUACAGCUCCGACCUCAGCCCUGCCUUCCUGCUCAACCUGCCCUACGUCCUCAUCCCCAUCUGGGCUGGGGUGAGGCUCUUCCAGCAACCCAAGGCCCUGCCGUGCCUCAGCCCUGAGAAGGUUGCAGAGGAGCAACGCAAGCACCUGUACCAGCGGCCCCAGGACAUGGGGCUGGUCCUCGUCCUGUUCCUCACCGCCGCGUUCACCUUCUUCAGGGGGAUGGUGGUUUUGGACUGUCCCGCCGAUUCGUGCUUCGAGUACAUCUACCAGCACGAGCCGUACCUGCGCGACCCCGUCGCCUACCCCAAAGUGCAGAUGCUGAUCUACAUGUUCUACGUCCUCCCCUUCUUCUGCCUCUGCAUCUACGGGCUGGUGCUGCCCGGCUGCUCCUGGCUGCCCGACUGGAGCCUGGUGUUUGCCGGCGCUAUCGCGCAGGCUCAGUUCUCCCACCUGGGUUCCUCGCUGCACGCCCGCACGCCCUUCCCCUACCAGACCCCUGAAGAUGUCUGGUGGAGCUUCCUCCUCACCAACGUCCUCUACGCGCUGGGCCCCCAGCUCCUGGCCUACCGCUGCCUGCGCUGCCCUGCCUUCUUCCUGCCCGCCACUCCUGCCAGCCUGCACGUGGGCAAGAAGCACCAGUGA